AUUUCCCCCCCCGAGGCUGUACAGUUCCUGUAGCGGGAAGACUGGCCUGUUGUUGUAAUGGUUGAUAUUUUGAGCAACCUGGAUAAAAGUCUGAUCUACCUCGGGGGUGGAGAGCUGCCCCAGAAAGAUGCCGGGGACUGACAGGGUUAAAUUCUGAGGCCUGCUUCAGGUUGUUUACACUGGGUUCGUAAUCAGUAUAAGAAAGAUUAAAGGGUGAUUAAUGGAAGUAUUUUCAAUGAUUGAAGUAUUUGAUGGGAUAAAGACAAACUAUUUCCUCUGAUGGGAGGAGUCCACCAGAACGAGGGGGCAAAACCUUAAAAUUAGAGCCAGGUUGUUCAGGACUGUUGUCAGGAAGCACUUCUUCAUAUAAAGGGGUGUGGAAAUCUUGAACUCUCUCACUUCACCCUUGUGAACUGAAAGUGUCAAAACUGAAAUUGAUAGGUUUUGUUGGAUUAGGGUAUGAAGGGAUAUGGGACAAAGGAAAAAUAUGCUGCCUGCAUAGAACAAUCCCCUCAACACAUCAGUCAGUCUCAGUGAACCUUUGUGGCACUCCCUCCCAGGCAUUUGGAAAACAAAGAGGAUGGUUUUGAGUUGUGGUUAUGGCUGAUCUCCAUGUUCACCUUGUAAUGUAACACACAUUGUACUGAUGGAUGAAUCAGACGAUGAUUUUGUUGAACUCUGUAAGACAGCAUCCAGGUACCCGGUUGAAGGUGGAGGGAAGAAAUGCAAAUCUGUCUGCUGGAACCGCACGAGUUCCUUUGCAGCAAAGAUGAAAUUAAAAGAAAAACAAACAUCGAACACUGAGACAAACUGCAGUAACAAGAGCAAAGUCCACAGUGAUGGGGCAACAGAGAACCAUCAGACUAGGGCAACUGAAUGUCUGGCACAUGACCUGCCUGCCCUUCCCCGCAGCAGCCAAGUGUGCGUAACCACUGAGGAUGUCAUUGUGCAUCAGCCUUCAAAACCUGAGGCUUCACUGUGCUCUGGGACUGUUGCGAUUAACAGUGGUUUACCAGGCCGUAUAUGGACUGGCAGCCUCGGCCAUUCGGCAAUUAUGAAGAAAAAUGUUUGCAAAGGCCUGGGUGUGAAAGAACGAGUUUUGGGAAAUAUGCAGAAGUUUCGGAGGAAGGAACCUGAGCGUUUGAGACACGGCGGCGAUGAUGUGAGAAUACUGUCAGUUUGUACCAUCCAAGAGGAUGAGAAAAGCAAGGAAUUCUGCUCCUUGGACACAAACAGAGAGAAUGGUGGAAGAGACAGUCAGUCAGCCGCAGUAUCCCUUCCCGUACCAUUUGAUCCUAAGGAAGAUGCUGGUGACUGCCAGGCAACUGCAGACAGUGAUAUGGCCUUGGCGUGGACAAUACAACAGGAAGUGGGAGCAGCUGAUGCCUAUACCCUUGAAGACAAUGGGCUCUUUUUUUGUGUAAUCUGUCAGAAGGAUCUUUCUAACAUGAACUCCGCUCGGCGCACACAGCACAUCAACAGGUGCUUAGAUGAAGGAGAGCAGAGAACAGCUACAACGGUCUCUUUAAACAUACCUUCAGUUCCUGAAUGUCCAAUUUGCGGGAAACAGUUUAAAAGCUUCAAGAGCCGAGCGAUCCACCUCAAACGCUGUGCCAUUGAAUUGGAGGUCCCACCACAGUUAUUGCUGCAGGCAGUUCAGAGACAGAACUCACAGUGUCUUGAAAGCUCAGCUUACUCAACAAGCCUUCAGCCAGGUCGAUUAAAGAGAAAAGUUUCAACAAGAGAAAAUGCAUUGCCAAAGAAGUGCAAGCCCACCAGGGAGAAGCCAGUGGAUGAGGAUACAAUGGUCGCCAUGGCGUUAUCUGCAUCCUUGUUGGAACAACAGAAAGGGGAGCAAGAGAAGCAAAAUGUAUCCCUGCACGCUAAUAACUUUAGCCUUACCAAAAUGGUGGUGGCAGCAGACAAGAGAGUUCGGAAGAAGAGGAAGGACGUCCUUCCCCCAUUGUUGUUGGUGCAGGACCCUGAGACGGCAAUCAAACGGGUCCAAAAUAGUUUGGCAACACUGCUAUCUGAGGAAAUGGAAAUAUGUAGCACCCCUCCGCUGCCAGCAAGCACUUUCUGUGUGGGUGGAAUACUGAGGCACGUCUGCCAUGUGAACCCAGGGAUAACCGAGCAAGAUAGCCUGUGGUGUCGCAGUGCCUUGUCUGGAGCCAGUGGUUGGGACUCAUCACUCUUUUACACAAGUGACUUGGCCCCUCCUAUAAUACCAUGGAAACUGCAACAGGGGCAUGAUCAGGAAUUUUCGAGUUGUAAGGAGCAGAUGUUAUCUUCUACAAUGGCUGCCAAAGCCCUUAUAAAACCUCCCUUGGAGCUGAUCCAUCAACAGUCUUCACCAGUUGGCCAUCGAAAUGAGAUUGGGACUGAGGACGUGCCCAUGCCCAGGAGUCAGCAAGAUCAGACGUUCUUUGACUUGAUGGAUUUAGCUGGUGAGGGAAUGACGUUGACACAAUGGAAUUAUGGGGUGAAGAGUGAGCAAGACAAUGGAGUAACAGGAAGAAACAGAAAGAACUCUUUAUCGGAUGACAUUACGCCAAGUGGAUUUGUUCCAGCUCAGAGAGAGAGAAUUUGUGGAAAUAAUAUGCAUCAUGGACAACAACUGAAGAAACUGAGUGAAGACCUUGGAGGGAUGGUGAACAAUCCCCACCUGAGUGAUGUGCAGUUUCAGAUGGAUAGUGGUGAGAUUGUGUAUGCUCACCAGUUUGUUCUCUAUGCUCGCUCUCCACAGCUUGUGCAAAUUGUGCAUGAUGAAGGAUUCUUGGUAGAAGAGGAUGGUGCUGUCAUGACCCGCAGACUCUUAAUGUCUGAAGUUACAACAGAGGCAGUUUGUACAUUCCUUCAAUAUCUGUAUACUGCUAGUAUCUCUGUAUCUCCCACUGUGCUUUCAGAGCUCCACGCUCUCGCUAACAGGUUUGCUGUGAAUGAGUUGUUAGAGAUCUGUGAAGCCGGUCCAGACGAAGCUGAGGCUGAUGGAGAUAGUUCGGAAAACGAUCCUUUCACCGAAAUAGAAGUCAAAAUGCACGGAAAUAGAGAAGACAAUCUCCAAGACCUUUUGAGAUCAAUGUGGAUGGGAGAAUCUGAGGAGCCUGCCUUGGAUGUCAAAUCUGCAGAGUAUGAAGAUGAAGAAAAGGUCAAUGAGAAAGUUGACGAUGAGGAAUUAGAAGAAAUUUAUGAGUUUGCAGCAACUCAGAGAAAAAUUAUGAGAACCUCCCUUAAGACUCCAGAUAGUGAGGGACCCAAUCAGAAGAACAGCAGUGUGGAAAGCAGAGAAGAAACUGAUGCAUAUGGAGAAAAUGAGCACAAUGAAGAGGGAUUAAGAACUGAAAGUGAAACAUUUCGAAAUUGUGUGUCUUCCAUGACUGAAAGAGAAAGGGGAUCUGAUUCUCAAUGUCUUUUGAAGACUCUAGAAGAGUCCAAGAUGCAGGAACCCUCUCAGAAGGUUAACACAUUUCAACUGGAAGGAUCACAGAAGCAUACAGAACCUGAUUUGAAUUUAAAUACCAGCGAUGACUGCCUCUUUUCAGAAACUGAUUUAUCAGUAGAAUCUGAGCAAGAUAUGGAGCUUGGAGAAAAGUAUGAUUAUGAUGUCCCUGAAGAAGACAAGCCUUUGGCAGCAAAAGGCAGUCAUUCGUUUAGCUCCUCUGCCAACUGCAGCAUUAACCGAAUAUCACCCGUGUGUGAGGUUGAAAGUCCCUCUGCUUGCCCAAGUUUGUCUGAUCUGCCUUUGGUUGGCCUGUCACCUUUGGAAACUUGUACAAAUGUGAAAUCUCCACAGGAACGCCUGUCUUUGGUCUCAGCAGCAAUCUCAUCCCUUGGAGCUGUACACCAUGUGAAUCCGUCUGAAGUAUUGUCUUGUGACUCUCUGAUUUCAAAUGGACAACUAAAUUUGGCAAAUGAAAGGUGUGAUAAUCCUAGAGUUCAUCAGGAACUUGAUGCUCACAAAGCCCCAAAAUACUUAGGAGAAUGCCCAUCAAACCAAAAAUCCCUUUCAACAAGUGCUCUUUGCUUGCAGAUGCCAUCCCAAAAUACCUGUGACAUGCAACACUGCAAUCUGUCACCACCCAUUAGCAUUGACUCCAGUCAGUCUCCAUCAGAAAAUAAAUCCAAUGAUACCCUGGUGGUCAUAGACUCAGAUGAAGAAAUGGAAAUAACUGAAAACAAAAUGUCAGCACCCUGCUCUGAAAACAAACAAUUAAUGCCUUUGUACAACGUGAAAUGUCCUAGUGCUGAAUUAGACUCUUAUCCAUGUGGGAAACGAUUUAGUAUUAGGUCUGACAUGGCAUUGAGUUCUAAAAUUGAUGCUGAGCAGAGAAACUUCAGAGUUUCUGGAAUUCCAUCCAAGUGUUUGGAAGAGGUAUAUGACAAUAGCAUUUCAGUGUUGUCCAUGUAUGGUGUUGCUAAACAGGUGGCUAACCAUGAAAGCCAAGCUAAGGAUAGUGAAAGUGAGCUGACUCUACAGCUUAGCAGUGACGGUGAACAGAGCAAUGAAGACCGUACUGUGGAGGGGUCAUGGCUGGUACCAGCCACUCCACUUUCAACAAGAACUAGACAGUGUUCCACACCGGCUACAAAUUCUCACUUUCUACAGAAUCAAAAUGUUAAAAGGGGCAAGUUGUCAGUUGAACAGGAGGUUACAGUAUUAAAAUCUGGUGUGGAGCAGGAAAAAGCACAGGCAAUUAUCCCAUUGAAGGAAAUGUUCAGAGAUGCCAAAGAAAUAAACCUAGUUAGAGAGUUGGAUUGUCCUGCAGAGAGGAAUUCUGUCAAUCAGUCAUUGAGUGAUUCGCUGCCUUCAUCCCCGAUUCCUCCCACACAGACCUCUGAUUGUAAUGUUGAUUUGGAAUGUGAGGGCACUUCAGUCACCCAUUCUCCUUCAGCUCAGCUAGAAGGAGCACUGUCAGUGUCACUUUGUUCUGAAGAGAAGGAAGCAACAGACAAGUCUGUGCUGGAGAUUGAAGACACUGAAGAGGAGAUGCCAACAGCUGAAGCUGAAGAUAGCUUUCAGUUUGAAGAUGGGCCCCCAAUACCAUAUGACGAGUGUUGGAUUUCUGAAGGUAGUCCUCAACUUGAAGAGGAAGAUUCUAAUGGUGAAGAUGCAUUUCUUCACAAGACAAUCGAGCAAGUGAAGAAUAAGGAUGAACUAUAUCUUGUUACAAACACAGAGAACAAAAAUAGCACACCUCUUCCAGAAAAAUCAAAGCCCAGUAUGUCCUUUCCAUCUGUUCAAGUAGACCAGAGCAGGAAAGCUGAUGAAAAGAACCUUUCAGGCAGGCAACAUCCCAGAUUUUUUGAUUCUAAUAUCUGGAAUGAUUGGGACGAAGAUGAGGAGUUUCCUGAACUCCUCCCUGGAUUAUCUCAAAAGUUACCCGUGCUUCAGAAAGACAGCACUAAUUUCAGACAACAUGUUGGCGAGCACAAGACUCCAGCACCUGUUAACAGAAGGAAAGAUCAACUUCCAUUGGUUCCCAUCACCCCAGAACCACCUUAUUCAACAAUGGCCACCCCACACCUAAAGAAAGAACUGGGCAAGUUUGGUGUUCGACCUCUGCCAAAGAAGAAAAUGAUUCUGAAAUUGAAAGAGAUUUACCAAUAUACCCAUCAAGUCAUUCAACCUGGUUCUGAGUUCCAUUCGAAACAGGAAGUAUCAUCUUCGCAGCCUUGCAUCCGAAAAACAAUCCCAGUUCUAACGAGCAAACAAAAGGCGGGCACCAUAAACCAAUCCCAGCCAGUUUCAUCGCGAACAGACCGGCUAAUACCAUGCUCCAAAAAACAAUCAAAGUCUGUUUCAGCAGAAUCCAGCAAACCAGCCUUGAAAGGUCGGUUGCAGGCCAUUUCUAAAAGAAAAGGGAAAAGCUGUGUUCCUGAAUCACACAGACCAGAAGCCAAGUCACCAUCGAAAGCUGUUGCUCCUGAUGUGGCCAACCAGCUCUCUUCAUCUCAAAGCUCCUCUUCAGCGGGGAGUGAGAGCUCCUUUGAAUCACAAAGGCUGUUGGCCGGUGAGUUUGACAAUAUCUUUAGCACAGAUUCGGACGAUGAAGAGGAUGAUGGAAUCACUCCAUCACAGGCAGUAACCCGUGAUGCAGAUACAACAGAGGCCAUACGACAGUAUAUUCGGUCAGACCCAUCUCUGUACAGUAACAUGCUGCAGUACAAGCCUUUUGAGCUGUCAGACCUCCACCAGCAGCUUAAGGAAAAUGGGAUAAAGGUUUCCAAGGGGAAAUUGCUGGAUUUUCUCGAUGCUCACUGUAUUACUUUUACCACAGCUAGAGCGAGGAAGGAGAUGUUAAAGCGGAGAAAGCAGAGCGCUGAUAAACGGCGUAAAGGAAAGCCGAGUCAGUGCCGCAGGAAGAAGUAAGUGCUGCUAUUUCAGCGACUAAAACAUUCCUCUUCUAUAAUAAUAGUAGAAAUGUAAUAUCCAUCUAGUUUGGAACCCAUCUUAUUAUGAGUGUGAUUAUACAUUCGACCAAGAACACUUACCACAUUGUAUUUUAAUUCAGGAGCUUUGAUGCAUCAGUGUUAACUGCUAUAAAAUGAGGAAAUGUACCUCCUGUAGAAUAUUUCAAUAACUGUAGCACUACUUCAGGACCAUCAUGAAAGCCAGCAUUGUUGUAACAAGAUUGUCAUCAUAUCACAGAAAGGUGUGAUCUUAAUUGAAAGUUGAAUGCAUUGACUUUCAGACAUGUUCUAGUCAACAGUCUGUACUUCACGUUUUAAAUUAUGUUGAAAGAAACAAACCAUAAAAUAAGGAGACUUGCUUGCAGAAGUGACGCUAUUUUUGGAUGUUAUUGUUCAAACAACAAACUGGCAGUUUCUUUAUCAGCGUGGCACUGGCCUCACUUCUGAUUUCUGCUGGCUGGUCACUCUUUUGGCUCAGGUAGGAACAUUGCAAGGAAUUGCAAGCAACUUGACCUCAAAGGAAUGCGAGAAGAAAGGGCCUUCUUCACUGGGACCAAGCAAUUUAAUCAAAAAACUUAUCCCCUUGUGUUUGGUUCCCCUUUAAUAUCUCCUACCCGGGGGUGGUAGUCUAAUUCAAAAUAAUGUAUGUUUGUAUAUAAUUGGGUAAGAAAUUCUUAACUUUGUAUAUGUGUAAUUGAAAAAAAAACUAGAAUAGAUUUUGUCUGUUGGAUGUGUGUGCAAUAAAAGUUACACUGGCUUUUUCUUAUACCUGUCAUAAAAAAUGAGGCAUUUGGAUAAUCAAUGGCAGAGCUGAAAUGGAUAUACUUUUCUCCAGACUGUUAAUACAUUUUGUGUGUUCCGUGUGCAAUUAUUAACAACUGCCAGUGUCCAAUCUCUGCGAUUAAGUGGACCAAGAGCUUCACUUAAAUAUAAAUGUUAUGUUAUCAGAAUUGUAACUGCUUUUUAAAAAAAAAAUAAACAAAUGCACUUUUAA